ACAAUCAGCCACCAAAACCGAAGUCAAGGUAUAAACCAAGCGGAACAAAGCCACGAGGACCACGAGCAGAGCUGCCACGUAUCGAUCCUGAAUUCAAGGCAAUUGUCGAAGGUCUUGACGACUAUCAUCGUAUCGAUUGGCCCAACAACAAAGAUUUCUGUAAUGGCCUUAAGCAUUUGACCAAUCAGUACACAGAUAACGUCGUCACCAAUCUUGAAACGCAUGCCAACAAACACAUCACCCAGUACUUGAAACUGAAGGUUUUCCAAUGGAACUCAGACGUAGGAGAUGAUGCAGAGAAAUUUUUGCCAAGUGACAUCGCAAGUGUUGUGAAUCUGAUCAUCAAACAAAAAGACAUCAAAGUGCCAAGUCGCGAUCCAAACAAACUCGAACGGUGUAGCGUGUUGUAUGACAUGGUGAACGACCUGAAUGUGUUCCCAGAUAUCGAUCUGCAUGACCUUACAACUGACCCAAAACAUUGGUAUAAGGCCAUGCCAAUGUACCUAUCCAUGCAGCGCGAGAUAGAAGAGUACAAUUCGGAGUGGCCACAUCAGCGCCGACCCAAACGCAAGAAGAGAAAGCGAAAAAAGACAAAAGGAAAAUGGAAACGCAAGCGCAGCCAAAUGCUCGACAACCCAGAUUUUCGGCCAUUGAUUCGAAAUUUAGUAGUGGUGCCGAUGUGUGAUUUCCGGCGUACGCACUUCAGAAUCGAUUGUUCAUCCAUGCACCAGGUGUUGUCUUCGCAAAAAUUGCUACCGAAAGUGGAAAUCGAGAAUAAAAAAGGAACAACAAGCACGAAAACGAUUCAACAAAAGGAUUUCAACCGGGACAGAGAUUAUUGGUGGAAUCAGUAUUUUUACAUGCGAAAAAUUCGACGAUUCGUGCGUGCCAAAAAGCAGUUUGACUAUUCCAUAAACACCGAUGGAAUCUCUGUGUCUCUCCAGUACUCGGCCAAAAAGGAGACAGCCAACAAAGAAAUCGACCAAAAAUCUCGCAUCAUUCAGAAGAUUGAGGAUGGCACAAUCAAAAAUUUUUCGGGCGUUGAUACAGGUGUGCGAAGUUGGAAUACCACAACAACACACGACAUUGAAACUGGCAAAGAAACCAACUUUGUAAUGUCGAGCAAGCAAUUCCACUGGCAAACAGGUCAAAAGGUGCGAAAUGCCAAAGCAGCGCGAUGGACCAAAAAUUUCGUCGAAAUGGAGCGCGCAGACAGAGAAAACCGUGAUCUGUAUCCAGUGAUGCCGUCGCCAAAAGGGUCAAUGUGGCUGAACUACAUCAAACACCGAGUCAAGAUGAUGAAGCAUGGAAUCUGCGCUUACUCGACUGCCAAAUACACUCGACUCGCCUUGGACAAACACAUCAAGAGCAGUAGUGUUGUCGACGAAUGGGUGAAUAAGGUGACCGAUAAGAAACCGACUCUGUUCUUUUUUUGGUGCUGAUGGCGAAAUACCACCUGAUAGCCCAAUAAGUAUCAAGAAGCACGUGCGCUGCCCAGGGGUUCGUUUGACUUUGAGGUCAAUAAAGAAGCGCCGAGAUUGUUUCAUACAAUUGGUGGACGAAUGGGGAACAUCUCAAACCGACGCAAGAUGUAUGAAUCGAUUCCAAAACCAGAACAAAGCGGCCAGAUUCAAGAAAUGCCGAUGCGUACCCGACGCCAGAACAUUGCUGCCAACGAAAAUUGUGUCAAAGUUGGGCAAAACGGAUCUAUCGAUCUACCGACAGUUGCAACGCGCCAUGAACGAAGAAGCAUUGGUAGGAGACGAGCGUUUAUUCCCAAAAGUAAAAUGUUACUACAAAAAUUGGCGAUUAAACCUCGAAUGCUCUGUGAUUUGGCAUCGUGACGUCGUGGCUGCUAAGAACAUUCUACUAAAAGGACUAUGGACAUUACUGGGACUUCCGAUACCAGAGGCGAUCAAUAGGUAUUGGCGCGAAGCUGCUGAAGCAGCCGCUGCUGCUGCCGCCAUCGUGGAUAAUGAUGUAGAAAUGUUCGAGUACGACCAGCAGCCAGCUGAUCAUGCUGUCUAAUCAGCACAUUGCAAACAAAAAAAAAACAAAUGUAACAUUAGUUAUUAAAGGCUAUCCCGAUCAUGUGGGAUAGUUGCGUUGAAGCAAGUUGACUCCCCAUAUGGUUGAUGUUAACUGCGCAGGAGUACUCUAGUGGGUCGUUUAGAUUAGCUGAACACCCUAAUGUACAAACACAAAGAUCGCCAAGAAUGUCAUAAAUUAUAAAAAAAAGAGUUUAUAUUUCAAGUUUUAACUACAUGUAGUGUUUGUCAUAAAUGCAAAUGCGAAAUGAACGAUAAAAUAAAUGAAAUUGAACUUAAACGUAUAACAAUUGUAUAUUGAUAAGUUAAUAGCUUUGCAAGUCUUCACUCCUUAUUCCACAAUGUAAAUAACUACAUAUAUUCUUAAAUCCAUUGUUCGCCUUAGAUUUUAUUACAUUUUAAUUGUAUGAUGUCGCGUAUUUUGUGAUUCUCUUUUGUAAAUUUGUCGCUAAAAAAAUAACUGAAAGAAUUUUAAAAAUUGAGAAAGAAGCUUUUGUGAUGUGGAUUUUUUUCCCCAUAUUUAUCUGUCGUUCCAGAAUAUUGGAAAAUACGAAAUUUUCGAAUGUGUCUUUUAGUUUUUGAACUAACAACAUGAACCUUACAUCCAUUAUCUAAAGUUAAUGUUUAAAAAUUAUGUCUAAAAUAGUUGUAUAUUCAAUAGGGUCGCCAAACGCUGCUGGGAUCACCGACUUCUUCAUCGCGAUUGCUUGUCUCGUGUUCGUUGCGGUGGUGAUGGCCAUCACUUUUAUCAUUUUCCAUUAUCACAUUUUGAUUUUCCGUUGGACCGCUCAGUC